GAGAGAGGAAGCGUAUCACAAGUGGAGAAGCCGAUUUUGGGAUCCGCGGGAAGCAGCGAGAGAGAGAGAGAGAGGAGGUCGAUUUGCAAGGGGGACUCCGCCGGAAGGGAGGUUCAUUCUUUUUCUGUCGCCGGCUGCAACCGGCACCGCUCUUCUGUUACUUCCCGGCGGUUCUUGGUACGAAGAGAGAGGAAGGCGGGAUUCAAAUUGAGGUUCCACGGAGACGAGUCCUUGUCCCCUGCCAGGAACUUGCCGCAGCUGCUGCUCUCUCGUCUAACUGCUUCCGCCGUUACUGCUUGUCGGAGAGCGGCAGAGCUGAGCUUGGGAAGAGGGAUACUUAUACGAAUAGAAAGCUUGGAAAGGGAGUUCGGUUGUAGAUCGAGAGUGAAGCGGACGGAGCUGAUUGGGAGUAGCCAAGCAUCGCUGCUGUCACAUUGAUUGGCCGUUACUAGGCGUGGUUCAGUACGAUGGCCUCUUAUGGGUUGAACAUGUUGAAUAGCACUGUAAAUUGGGUAACACAGGCCUUGGACGCGCCUUCUGCUCGAGCUGUUGUUUUUGGAGUCCAUAUUGGAGGUCACUAUUUUGUUGAAGGACUUUUACUAGUUGUGAUCCUUUUCCUGCUCUCCCAGAAAAGUUACAAGCCACCUAAACGGCCUCUGAGCAAAAAGGAAAUUGAUGAAUUGUGUGAUGAUUGGGUUCCGGAGCCCCUGAUACCUUCCAUUACUAAAGAGAUGCAAUAUCAGCCACCAGUGUUGGAAAGUGCUGCAGGCCCGCAUGUUGUAAUCAAUGGGAAAGAAGUUGUGAAUUUUGCCACUGCUGAUUAUCUGGGAUUAGUUGGACAUGAGAAAGUGCAGGAGUCGUGCACUGCUGCACUGGAAAAGUAUGGUGUUGGUUCUUGUGGUCCUCGUGGUUUCUAUGGGACAAUUGAUUUGCUUCCUCUAGACGUCCACCUUGAUUGUGAAAGCCGGAUAUCAAAAUUCUUGGGAACACCAGACUCAAUUCUCUAUUCAUAUGGCCUUUCCACAAUGUUCAGUGCAAUUCCAUGUUUUGCCAAGAAGGGCGACGUCAUUGUUGUUGAUGAAGGUGUCCACUGGGGGAUACAAAAUGGACUUCAUUUGUCUAGAAGCACCAUUGUGUAUUUCAAGCAUAAUGAUAUGAAGUCUCUGCACGACACAUUAGAAAAUAUUACUGCAGAUAAUAAACGUGCUAAGAAGUUGCGGCGCUACAUAGUUGUUGAAUCUGUUUACCAGAAUUCUGGUCAAAUAGCUCCUCUAGAUGAGAUCAUCAAGCUGAAGGAGAAAUAUCGGUUCCGUGUUUUUUUGGACGAGAGCAACUCAUUUGGUGUGCUUGGCCAGUCUGGAAGAGGUCUUACUGAAUACUGUGGAGUUCCGGUUGAAAAGAUAGAUAUAAUAACUGCUGCGAUGGGGCAUGCUUUAGCUACUGAAGGAGGAUUUUGCACUGGCAGUACUAGAGUCGUUGAUCACCAACGAUUGAGCAGCUCUGGCUAUGUCUUCUCCGCAUCGUUGCCCCCGUAUCUCGCUACUGCUGCUAUUACUGCUAUUGAUAUGAUUGAGGAGAAUCCUGAUCUGAUAAAAAAGCUGAAAAGGAACAUUUCUUUGCUGUUGAAAGGGCUGUCCAACGUAGAAGGCCUCACCUUGACGAGCAGUCCAGAAUCACCAAUCGUUUUCCUUAAACUGGAGCAAUCCACAGGAUCGACAAAAGGCGAUAUGGAAGUCCUCGAAGAAAUUGCCGAACGUGCUCUGAAGGAAGACUCGGUGUUCAUGGUGACCUCCAAAAGAUCGAUUCUUGAUAAGUGCCGGUUGCCCGUGGGAAUCAGAUUGUUCGUGUCUGCUGGCCAUACAGAGGCUGAUCUGACCAAGGCUUCUGAAUGCUUGAAGAGAGUUUCAGCAUUGGUGCUGAAGCAUCGUGACUGACCUUGCCUGUUCCAACUCAGAUUUUUCUUCUUUUGAUCAUAAUUGCCUUUUCUUAUACAAAUUUUAGGGAUUUGGUAGGCUGAGAGAAAACUAGGGAGGUGUGGGGAUAUACAAAGGGGAAGGGAAGGGAAGGGAAGGAAGUUCUGCUGAGAAGUUGUUCAGAUUAUUUAUUGUUCUCUUUAGUUUCUUGUGGCCAUAGAUUCUUUUUUCCUUUGGGGUUUUAUUAGUGUUGACUUAGUUUUUCUUACGUGGAAGAUUCCAUUGGAUGUUCCCAAGUCAAAGGCAAUCUUGUUUGUAGGAUAAUGCUCCUAUUGAGUAAAAACUUUGACCUUGAGUUGUGUUGUAUCAUGAGAUUAUGAAAGUGGUUCUUUUGCAUGGUGUAUUUUUAAGGAUUGGUUUUAGUUUUUUUACAAUCGGAAUUAA